GCGGUGCUGGGUGGAGGUGUUCCUGGAGAAUGGGUGGCUGGAGAUUUACGGUUACUUCACCGCCAUGAUAUUAUAUACUUAGUGACAAUCCGUUGUUUCUUGGCUGCGCGGCUCUCCUGCGACUAUUUCCAGCUGUGAUGGCAGUAAGCGUCGCUCUACGACCCGAGUGGAGGAGGACACGGCAUCGAUCAGUGACAGUGAAACAGUAGCUACACGGUCCUCAGUUCAUGGUAUGAACCUGGGUAUUCAGUUCAUAGUGUAAACCUGGGUAUUCAGUUCAUGGUGUGAACAUGCUCCUCAUGGAACUAGCAGUACGUCGAACAUACUUGAGUACACCUGUGUUGUCAUGGUAACACAGCCGGGACGAUGAGGAGACAGAAACAUCGGAGCAUCGCCUUGGGGCAUCUCGAUACCACAGACUACGCCUACCCCGAGGACGCUGGGUUCUGUGGUGCCUGUAUCCACAUCCCGCCGACACACCUGCCCCAGACCCCCUCGUUCUCCGACCUGCUGGGGGAGGAGUUGACAGAGGAUCAGUUCCAGCAAGAGGUGGCGGCCAAGACUCGGACGCUGCUGAUCGGGCGCCAGGAGGCGGAGAGGGAGGUGGUUAUGGACAGACUAGUGGAGAAGUAUGGCGACAAGGAGAAGGCGCUCAUGUUCGUGGUGUCAGAAUUCCCAACAGAGUAUAAGGUCCAGCUGUUUGUCAAUAUGCUUCUACAACGUGGCGCCAACCCAUCGACGUGCGACAGCUGCUGGCAGACCCCCCUCCACCACGCCGUCAAGAGGAAAUUCAAGGGUGUGUGUAGUAAACUGCUGGAGAACGACGCCCUCCCCCACGUCCGAGACAAGGACAACAACAUGCCCUACCACCUUGCCCUCAACAACAACAACGACGACAUCGCGGCCCUAAUCCUCAGCUACAUGCCCAACGCCGUCGUUAGAGACAUGUAUAUCACAAGGACCUCCACGAAGUCAGAGUUCACCCUUCAUGACCUGCUUCGUAAAGAAAUGCAGCACGCAGCUAUGGGGGUCCUUGACUGUCUCAUGGACCCAAUCGGUGAAACGGGGCACGUGAUGGUGUUCUACCACGUGCUGGAGGCCGACGAGGAAGGGAGACCACCAACCCACAAAGACUUUGAUGACGAGUCCAAAUCUUGCCUCAAUCUCAUCGCCAAGGGAAGUCUUAAGGAGGUGGUGUUCCAUGACUGUGUCCGGCUUCUCAUACGGCGGAAGUGGAAAGAAUACGCCAGGUCUCGCUUCGUUGUGAAUAGCAUCAUAUACUGCUUCACCCUGCUCUGCCUGACCUACUCUCUGGCUGUAGCGACCUUGACCCCUGACCCUGCCCAGUACCCAGACCCCCGAGAUAAGGCGCGUGCGGCUGCUGAGGUGUGGGCGAGUAGCGCGGUGGGUUUCAGUCUUGCUCUUGAGGUGAAUCAGAUGAGGAGACACCGCCUGGCCUACUGGCGCGACAUGUUCAACUGGCUGGACUUGUCCUCGUCGUGCCUGCUGCUGUCCGUCAUCCCGCUCCGCUUCACGCACUCCCAGCACCAGUGGCACGUCUUCUCCAUCGGCUACCUGCUGUGGGCGCUCAAGAUCUUCAAGUAUGCAGCAGUCUUCAGGCAGACAGGUGCAUAUGCACUUGUCUUGAAGCGGAUCCUGGGGCACGACUUCGUCCAGUUCACUGUCCUUUUCUCCGUCAUCUUGCUGGCCUUCAGCGGAUCCUUCAUCCUAGCGCUCAGGGGAGAGAACUCCCUACAGGUGCACCCUGAGACUGGAACCUUCUGGGAGGUGAUGUUUACCGGAGUGCGCAUCCUCAUCGAGUCCGACCCCAUCGUGGCCUACUACGGCCAAGACGGAUACAACACGCUGAGCUGCGUCAUCUUGGUCAUCUUCCUCUUCACCUGCAUCGUCGUCCUCCUCAACAUCCUCAUCGCUCAGCUCAGCGACACCUACCAGAACGUGCAGACAGACGCGCAGCGUGCCCUGGAGCUCAACAGAGCCUGGAUUAUAGCGAGGGUGGAAUUCAACAGUAUCUACUUGCGGAGAAGUUACCGGAUCCAGAAGUACUGCGAGUCUGAGGUGGUGUCACAACCACAUGACCUCCUGGAGAGAUGGGAGUCGCCUCCCCUGAAUGACAUGAACAAGAACCUUCGGUACAUCUGGGAGGGGCAGGAGUCGAACAAGAUGAACCUCCUGACAGUCAAGAACAGACUCACACGCCAGGAGAAGGCGAUCCUCAGGAUACAACAAUCGCUGGAUGACAUCAUAGCUUCUCUGGCCCGCAUACAUAGUGACGGGGGUUGCCAGACACAGACACCCUCCGCCUCAGACGGCAACCUCAACACCCCACAGUCGCCAACGUCUCUACAGAGUGUGUCCGACAUUGACGUCUUCUCUACAGCCGCCGACGAGCACAAUAGAAAGCUUGUACAAGACGCUGAAUCCAGUUCUGUAAACGGAGAGAUAACCUCACGUACAGAUAGUAAUAUGGAGUCCACCCCCAAACCUACAGACAUGGCUCCAACCACAGAUACCACUGAACAGACCAGUCCACCUCCAGACGGCUCACCACACAAGGACCAGUAGCAAGAGAUUUAACCCAGCCUUAAAAACAGUAGCGGAUUUAAUAUGACAAGUGUCAUUGUAAAACAAUGCUUGUGUCUCGUGUUACAAUAUAAACAAGUGAAAGCAGCGUUGGUUCAUGAGCACAACCAGCAUGUAUUGGUGACGUGUAUUGUCGGCUUUGAUCAUCAUAGCUGAGAACCAUCACCUCUCCCAUUAAAUGGUGGCGGUCCUAUCUGUGUGUACAGGACCUGUGAACGCAGUGACUAUCUAUGUGGCGGUCCUAUCUGUGUGUACAGGACCUGUGAACGCAGUGACUAUCUAUGUGGCGGUCCUAUCGGUGUGUACAGAACCUGUGAACGCAGUGACUAUCUAUGUGG